GUGACCUUGAGAAGAUGGCGGCUGCAGACGAAGCUCGAAUAAUCACUUGGAGUCACUGACUGUGAUCAUGGAUAUAUGAUUCUCAGAAACAUUAAAUAGUAUGUUUUCUCCUGGGCUAAACUGUUAUCUGUGAUAGUACCUGCCACAAAUAUGGAAGUGACAAUCCAGAGCACUUUAGGGGAUGGGGCCUCAGGACGUUUAACCGUAGCAACAGACCCAACUCAAACUGUUGACAGUCUGAUAGCAGCAUUUUGCAUAGAUAAAAACAUCCAGCAAAAAUCAGAAUAUGCACUGAAAUCCAAAGAUGAUAAUAUAUUGCAUGUUUCAAGGACAUUAGGAACAUGUGGUAUUAACAGUGGAGAUGUUCUGUACCUGACUUCAGCAGAAAGUCUUGCUUCACGUAUAAGGUGCAACCAAUGGUGGGUCUUGGCAGCUGUUUGCUUGAUGAUUGGUGGUACAGGAAUUACCAUCAUCAGUAUAGUCAAGGUCCAAGGGGAUAGUCCAAUCACAGAGUAUGCAGUAGUAUUAGAUGCUGGUUCAACACAUACAAGUGCCUUUGUGUAUUCCUGGCCUGCCCUGAAAAAUAAUGGAACUGGGGAAGUUACACAGGUCUCCACAUCAGGGAGAGAUCACACUAAAUGCCCCAGUUUGUCCAGUUAUGGAGAUAACCCCAAGCAAGCAGGUACUGCUUUGAAGCCAUGUGUGGAUACAUAUAUAGCCCCACACAUUCCAGAGGCCUCUUAUCACAAGACAAGAGUAUUUCUUGGGGCUACAGCUGGUAUGCGAUUAUUAGAUGAGGUAGAUCACAAUGCCAGUGAGCAAAUAUUUCAGUCUGUGCGCAGUAUGAUAGCAGACUACCAUUUUCUGCUGGAGAAUCCCACCAAGCAAAUACGUAUCAUAUCUGGCAGGGAAGAGGGAACUUAUGCAUGGGUCACAGUCAACCAUCUGAAGAAUUCCUUCAGAGUGAACAAAAACAGCAAAUGGCAGGACUUGAUGUCAUUUUUUGAUGGCAGCACCCAAGAAACAUUAGGUGCUAUGGAUAUGGGAGGAGCCUCAACACAGCUUAGCUUUGUUCCUGCCCAUCCUGAUCAGUUGCCUCGCAACUAUACAUCUGACAUUGUCAUUUAUGGAGAAAAAUAUGAUCUUUACUCUAAUAGCUUCCUGUGUUAUGGGAAAGUGGAAGCUGAGAGACAGAUGAGGGCAGUACUUGUUGAGGAAAUGAAUGGGACAAUGGUACUGAACCCUUGUGGUCCACUUGGGAAGAGCACAACUUACAGUUAUGCUGAUGUUUUUGAGGCUCCCUGUACCAAGGGCCCACAUGCUUUACGGGCUUGGGGAAGAGAGUCUACACUUAGUAAGUCUACCUGGAAUAAGAACACCACCUUCAGGUUUGUGGGCACCAGUAACAGUACAGCAUGUGCAAGACAAGUGACUAAGCUGUUUAAUUUUACAAGUUGUAGCUGGCCUCAUCACUCCUGUUCUUUUAAUGGAAAAUACAUUCCACACCUAAAUGGACAGUAUUUGGCUUUUUCCACAUUUUUCUAUGUUGUGGACUUCUUAAACCUAACCAAGAACAAUAAAGAAGGGACUUUCAGUCUUCCACAAUUUGAGUAUGCCAUAAAAGACUUCUGCAGCAAGAACUGGACUCAGAUGAAAGAUAUCCCCAUAGCCCCAGAAUAUGCAGACCAGUUGGAAUUGUACUGUUUUGAUGCUCACUAUGUCCACACCAUCCUGACCAAAGGAUACAAUUUCACUAAAGAAAACUGGCACACAAUCUCAUUCAAAGGAGAUGUGAAUGGUAAAACCAUAGGAUGGGCCUUAGGAUUCAUGCUAAAUGCUACCAACAGCAUCUCAUCAGAGCCAAAUACUCCUGCAUUCUCUUUAGGUGUUUUCAUUGCUCUGGUCAUCCUCUUCAUAAUAUUUCUAGCCAUUGCCAUUGGUUUUGCCUGUUUUGCCCAUGAAACGAGGGGCUCUGGUAACCAGUAUAAGAGGAUGACAGAGUAUGGUUCUGUAUGAUAAGUGAAACAAUAAUUUCAACUCACUACCAAUUUUUCAAUAAUGAAAGUUCUGUGUAAGAAGGCAUUUAUGUGAAAUACACCAUCAGAAGAGUUAACAUUGCAAUUACUUUGACCAGUCGGUGCACAAGAUGUUUAAAUCAGGCUACAAAGGGACAGAUUAUAGGUAAAGGGGAGCUAUCUACCAAUCUGGUAAAAAACAGAGGUAUAAUUUCAGCUAGGAAUGAAUGUAAAUUCUGUUAAUUUAUUCUUGGCCAUUAAACUUGUAAAUUUAGGAGAGGAUAUUUUGCUAUGUAGUGUGUUCAAGGUUACUUUUUGCAUGGAGUCUUACGUAAACAUGCAUAUUUUAGUACCCCCAAAAAAUGUUUUGAUUGUUAUCAAGUUCAUAUUGUAAGAAAAAAUCUUCUGUUGGUUACAAAACUUACCAGUAUUUUUUUCUGUUAAGUUCAAUAGCUGCUGGCGCAAUCUUCUGCAGUAAAGCACAUUCUUGUAAUUGCUGUCACUGUCAGACGUACUGUUUUUACACAUUAAGACUGUUAAGCUUAUAAGAUUAGUUUAAGGUGCCUACAAAUUUUUUUGACUAAUCUGGAAUAAAAAGAUGUGGAAUGAUGCUGUAAAUUGAAUAUGCUUUAUAAAUCACCAACUGUGCCCACAUUUGUUUAAUGGAUGAAUUUUAACCAAUUACGAGUCACUGAAGUUUACCCCUUAUAAAGCAUAAAGGACAAAAACUGUAUUAAAGGGGAUAUUUUCAUACUUGAUAAAAUGUUUUUCACCUUUGUGCCAACUUGUAGUCCCAGACAGCUUUUUCCAAGUGAUAUGAAGGCCUUAAUUUUGUACUCAUAAAUUAAAUUGUCUAUCGGCAGUUGCCACAUACUUUUAUUAAGCAUGUGGAUUUUUAGAAGUGGCGCACAUUUGUAUCCCACGUACCUACGUCUGUGUCAUCCAUUUUAAUAUUUAAUUCAUGUAACUUGGGCAAAGUUAUUUUCAUUACCAGUGAAUGCAAUCAGUUUUUAUUUUGUCAUCAUACCAUUUUGUGAGAUUAGUGAGUGAACUGUGAAAUAAAUUAUGUGAAAAAAG